AUUUGCAGAAGAUAACAGGACCAUGAAAAAUAUAAAUCAAAGGAAACUGAGUAUUUAAGGGAAGAAAAAAAUUAAAAAAAACUGUGUUAGUUCUGUAGAAGAACUCUCUCUUUCUCUUCCUUUCUCUCUCUUCUCUUCUCUUCUAUUUUCUUGUCUGUAGCUCUGUGUAACGAGUUUCCAAGUCUCGCAUUACCUCUGUUUUUCUGUUUUUUUUCAUGUGUUGUUCUUGGGUUGGUGUUUUGGUUUUGUUUUGACUGCAUAUUCUCAGAAAAAUUUAAGUAUAAGAGGAAAGAGGGGGAGAGAACGUGGAAAGGAAACGACGCCGUUAUGGGUUGCUUCCGUUGCUCUGGAAAGUCCAGUAAUUCAAGAUCAGAAAACUCCCCUAAAGACAAUAAUAGAAAAAAGUCAGAUGAUCCUCAAGGUGCUCAGAAAGUCAAUUCAAACGUGAAAAGAGAUUUGGAUGUAAAGGAGGUUGUCUCUAAGGUUGACCAAUUAUCAUUAGAUGUAAAGAAUUUAAACUUAAAGGAAGAGGUUUCUAAGGAUGGAGAAACCAAUGGCAGAAGGGCGCAGACGUUUAGUUUUGAAGAACUUGCAGCUGCAACCGGAAAUUUCAGAUUGGAUUGCUUUCUGGGAGAGGGAGGUUUCGGCAAAGUUUACAAGGGUCACUUGGAGAAAAUCAAUCAGGUUGUGGCCAUCAAGCAACUUGACCGAAAUGGACUACAAGGGAUUAGGGAAUUUGUUGUUGAAGUAUUGACACUAAGUCUUGCUGACCAUCCUAAUCUUGUCAAGUUGAUUGGGUUUUGUGCUGAGGGGGAUCAGAGGCUAUUGGUUUACGAAUACAUGCCUUUAGGAUCUUUGGAAAACCAUUUACACGAUCUUCGCCCUGGUAUGAAUGUACUUGAUUGGAAUACAAGAAUGAAGAUAGCAGCUGGUGCAGCAAGAGGAUUGGAGUAUUUGCACGAUAAAAUGAAUCCCCCUGUUAUAUAUCGCGACCUCAAGUGCUCGAACAUUUUGCUUGGGGAAGGGUUUCAUGCGAAGCUAUCUGACUUUGGUUUGGCAAAAGUAGGGCCGAGUGGUGAUAAGACACAUGUUUCAACGAGGGUUAUGGGAACAUAUGGAUACUGUGCACCAGAUUAUGCCAUGACAGGUCAACUUACAUUUAAAUCCGAUAUUUAUAGCUUCGGGGUUGUGCUUUUGGAGCUCAUCACAGGCAGGAAAGCCAUUGAUCAUACAAAAGGUCCUAAGGAACAAAACCUGGUUGCAUGGGCUCGACCAUUGUUUAGGGACCGAAAGAAAUUCUCGCAAAUGAUUGAUCCAUUGCUACAAGGUCAAUACCCCGUUAGAGGAUUGUACCAAGCUCUGGCCAUUGCUGCAAUGUGUGUUCAAGAACAGCCUAACAUGCGUCCUGUUAUAUCAGAUGUUGUCACAGCUCUUAAUUACCUUGCUUCUCAGAAGUAUGACCCGAAAGCUCAUUCACUUCAUAGCUCGAGAAAGGGUUCAUCUUCCCCCGAAGAGAAAAGCGAUGAUAAUAGACCAGAAUCUGACUGAGGAGGUGGAUGACUCUCUGUCUGACUAGUUAUUUAGAAUAAAGCAGUGAAUACCUUUUUUUGCAAUUGGAAUAUGAGGGUGCCUACGUUAUCAAUUUUUGAAUUACUGAAAGAUAACAGCUGCUUUCACCUUCUUCCAAUCUUCACACAUAGGAAAUUUUCUGUGUCUUUUUUCCCCUCUUUAUUAUCUUUUCACUGUACAUGUGAGCUUGAGCUCUUGUAUGUAAGAUGCCUUUUUCUAGGAAAACAAAAAACCCCUUCUUUCUUUACCAUUUUGUUAAUUGGUCUUUAUUAUAAUAAUAAAAAUCACUUAAUUCUUGUGA